AUGACCACAGAAGUAAUACUACAUUAUCGACCAUAUGAGAAUGAUCCCACACAACUGCCAAAAAUUGUAGAAAAAGUAAUUCAAGACUUUCCUACUCGUCCACUCUCAAGAUUUAUUCCUUGGUUUCCAUACGAUGGGUCUAAACUUGCACUUAAACCUGAGAGAUCACCACCUGUGAUUUCUGAAGAGGCAGCUGAAGAUGUGAAACGAAACUUAAUCACUUUGAAACAUGAUGUUAAAUCACAGAGUUAUGAUUGCACAGUAGAUCUAUUGGAGUUUCAACCUAAUUUGAAAAUAAAGAAGGACUUAACCCGGUCACACGCACUGGAUGAACGGACUAGUUCUGGAAAUCUGGAUAAACAAUCAGGAAAAGAAAAACAGCACUUACAGAGGUCUUGGAGUGUUUCAGUUUCCAGCAAUAAUUGUACUAAAAAGAUUUUUCCUUUAUCUAAAAAAUUACAAGAUAGUUUAAAGGCACUAAAUUUACAUGCAUUUUAUAGAGGAAGAUGGACAAUAGAACACACUAUUUGUGACAACCUGGAAGACAUUUGGGCAAAACUUAAUCGACUUAUCAGGCACAGUGAACUUCCAUCUUGUAAUGCUACAAUUCAGAGACAUUUAGGCCAAAUAUGGGUGUUCUGUGAUAUUAUGUACUGUGAAUAUGUGGGAAAUCUUCUUAAAGAAAGAUUAGCUCUUACUGGAAAAAUGAAUUUAUUUGUGCAUAAAUGUGGUGUUAUUUUUAGUAUGUAG